UGCAGCAGGUGGUGGUGAAAGAAGAAGAGAUUCUCCUUGAGGAACAGGAAAGGAGCUCCGGUCUGAACCAGGAGGAGUCACAAGAACCAGCACACAUUAAAGUGGAACAGGAGGAACUGUGGAUCAGUCAGGAGAGAGAGCAGCUUCAAGCAGCAGAAGAGGAUGAUAUCAGUGUGUUCACAUUCAAUUCUGUCACUGUGAAGUGUGAAGAAGAGGAUGGAGAGGAACCUCAGUCCUUACAGACUGAUGAAAAUAGCGACACAGAGAACUUGAAAACAGAAUCUGAUGGAGAGGAUGGUGGAGAAUCAGAAUCAAACUGUGAUUUACAGCCAGUUACUUCUGAUGAGUCUUUACAGUUUUCUGGAUCUGGUACUGAUGACAGUUCUGAAUGGGAGGAGAGUGAUGAACCUCAAGAAGGUCGAGACCCUCAGCAAAACAAAGAUGUAGAUAGAACUGGUAAGAAACUUGAGAAGAAGAAUAGAGAGGAUAAACUGUUCAGUUGCUCAGUUUGUGGUAAACAGUUCCCUCGUAAGAAGAAUUUACAAGGACAUAUGCAACGUCAUUCAGUAGAAAAACCUUUCAGCUGCUCAGUUUGUGAGAAAAGAUUUAUUGGGAGGGAAGAAAUGGCGAUGCACAUGAGAGUCCACACAGGAGAGAAACCAUUUAGUUGUUCAGUUUGUGGUAAGAGAUUCAAACAAGGUGGCGCUCUGAAGACUCAUUCUGUUAUCCACACAGGGGAGAAAAGGUUCAGUUGUUCAGUCUGUGGUAAAAAAUUCUCUCAACACGGACAUUUGAAGCGACACUCGGCUGUCCACACAGAGGAAAAACCUUUUAGUUGUUCUGUUUGUCACAAAAAGUUUUCCCAUGAAGGAAACCUGAAGAAACAUUUGACUGUCCACACAGGGGAAAGUCAGUUUAGCUGCUCAGUUUGUGGUAAAAAAUUCUCCCAUCAUGGAAAUCUGAAGCAACACAUGAUUGUCCACACAGGAGAGAAACCCUUUAUCUGCUCAGUUUGUGGUAAAGGGUUUUCUCAUCAAGGAAAUCUGAAGAAACACUUGUCUCUCCACACAGGGGACGAUCAAUUUAGCUGCUCAAUUUGCCACCAGAAAUUUUCCCACCAAGGAAAUCUGAAAAACCACAUGACUGUCCACACAGGAGAGAGACCAUUUAGCUGUUCAGUUUGUCACAAGAGAUUUUCAGAACAAGGAAAUCUGACAAAACACAUGACUGUACACACAGGAGAGAAACCGUUUAGCUGUUUGAUUUGUCAUCAAAGAUUUUCUCUCCAAGGAAAUCUGACAAAGCACAUGACUGUCCACACAGGAGAGAAACCUUUUAGUUGCUCAGUUUGCGGUAAAAAUUUUACAAGAAGUGGAGAUCUUAGAAGACACUCCGUCAUCCACACAGGGGAGAAACCAUUUAGCUGCAGUGUUUGUGAUAAAAGUUUCACAUGGCUACACAAUUUCAAAAAUCACAAGUGUAUUGGUGAGAGCAGUGGAAAUCCAAAAUAAUAAGCCUUAUGUCAUCUGUCCAGCUCAAAGGAAGCUACUUCAUGAUUGAAAUUGUUUUUUUUAAAUUUUGUUGUUGUUUCUAUUUGAUCAAUUUCUUAUGUAGUUUAUUUAAUUCUACUGAGUGCUGAGCUCACAGUUGAUUGUGGGAGAAUGUGGGAGAGAAUGUUCCAGACCAGGGAUGUCAAACUCAAUCACAGCAGGGGCCUGAUUCUGGACUUAGGUCUAACCUGAGAACCUAACAGGGUCAGCAUUUAACCAUAACUGUCAACCUCAUUUCACCAGUUAUAAAAUAUGAAGAAAACAGCUUUGAUAAUAAAGCAUUUGGAAAUUCAUAAAAGUAAAAAUGAUAAGUGUAAAGGCUCAAAUCAGAGAUAAAAUUCCAAUUUAUUAGUUCAAAAGAUCAGAACACAAUAUAAGAAAAUAGAAAAAUAAGGUUUCAAAUAGCAAAUAUAUGAGGAGAAAGUUAAAAUCAUAAGUUUGA